ACUGCACUUAGUAAAGGUGCGGGCACGAGCGGACCGCUGGCGGCUUGGACUACGCCAUGGCUGCGUGCCUGAGGCCGCCACGGUUCCAUGACGUAGGGAUCACGUCUCCGUUCCUGCUUGUUGAACGCUACCUGCUCAAUACCUGCUCCUGUCCCGACCUGUGUCAAGCCUGUGUCAAUCUUCAAUCAUCAGCUUCUUCUUGUUCCGUCCGUACGAUUUUACACACCCAUAUCCUUCUUCAGCCCAGGCAACCGUCUCGCUUUUAUCAUCCUCGGAUCUCUGCAAACACAACCGAUUUUCGCCUUUCAACAGCUUCGCCAUGUAUUUGCCUACAGCACAGAGCGUUCUCACAGCCGGCCUGGCUCUCACCGGCAGCUUGACGAAGCCCAAGACUGUCGCUGAAGGCAGCGUGCUGGACUACGCCAUCGAGAAAUGCAUCGAUGCCGACGGCAACACUCGUUGCACCAAGCCUUUCCUCGUGGCAAAGUCCACCUGCUACGAAAUCAAGUGGAGCACUGAAGGCGUCGUCUCCCACACCACUGCUGAAGUCCGCGACGCCGGCUCCGGCGAGAUUGUCUAUUACCGUGACACUGAUGGAGAAUGGACCCCCGAGAAGGGAGAGCUCGUGUAUCUCGACUUCAAGCCUAAGAUCGGCUCCGGAAAUUCGACCGUUGAGUACCAUGUCAAGACUUGCGAAUGAGGUUCCAGCGUGGCGAGUUGGCUGAUUGCACGCAAACUUCCAAAAGUCUGCCUAAUGAAUGCUCUGCCAAUGUACAAUACAGAUAGCUUUUAAUCAACCAAUAAUCAUAUUCGACG